AUGGCGCAGACGCUGCAGAUGGAGAUCCCCAACUUCGGGAACAGCAUCCUGGAGUGCCUGAACGAGCAGCGCCUGCAGGGGCUUUUCUGCGACGUCUCCGUGGUGGUCAAGGGCCACGCCUUCAAGGCCCACCGGGCCGUGCUGGCCGCCAGCAGCUCCUACUUCCGAGACCUGUUCCACAGCUCCAAGAGCGCCGUGGUGGAGCUGCCGGCGGCCGUGCAGCCUCAGUCCUUCCAGCAGAUCCUCAGCUUCUGCUACACCGGCCGCCUCAGCAUGAACGUGGGCGACCAGUUCCUGCUCAUGUACACGGCCGGCUUCCUGCAGAUCCAGGAGAUCAUGGAGAAGGGCACCGAGUUCUUCCUCAAGGUCAGCUCGCCCAGCUGCGACUCGCAGGGGCUGCACGGCGACGACACGCCGGGCUCGGAGCCGCAGAGCCCGGUGGCCCAAACCUCGGCGGCGCAGGGCUGGGCGGCCGCGCUGCCGCUGGUGUCGCGGGUCAAGACGGAGCAGGGCGAGCCCGACGGAGUCCAGUGCACCUUCGUGGUCAAACGCCUCUGGGACGGGGCCCCCAAGGACAGCGGCGGCAACGGCAGCCGAAAAAUGGCCAAAUUCUCGGAGGCGGCGCCGCGCCCGCCGCAACCUCCCGGUAACGCCAACGCCGCCGCCCCGGCUCCCGCGCCCGCGCCCGGCGCCGCCGCUGACCAGACCAGCCCCGGCGGAACGUCCAGCGCCUACACCAGCGACAGCCCCGGCUCCUUCCACAACGAGGAGGACGAGGAGGAGGACGCGGGCGAGGAAGGCUCGGACGAGCAGUACCGGCAGAUCUGCAACAUGUACACCAUGUACAGCAUGAUGAACGUGGGGCCCGCAGCCGCAGAGAAGGUGGAGGCCCUGCCCGAGCAGCUCCCCCCGGAGCCCCGGGCCCGCGCCCGCCUGCGCCAGGACCUGGCGUCGCUGCCGGCCGAGCUCGUCACCCAGAUCGGAAACCGCUGCCACCCCAAGCUCUACGACGAGGGCGACCCCACCGAGAAGCUGGAGCUCGUCACCGGCACCAACGUGUACAUCACGCGGGCGCAGCUCAUGAACUGCCACGUCAGCGCGGGCACGCGGCACAAGGUGCUGCUGCGCCGCCUCCUCGCCUCCUUCUUCGACCGGAACACGCUGGCCAACAGCUGCGGGACCGGGAUCCGCUCGUCCACCAACGACCCCAGCCGGAAGCCGCUGGACAGCCGGGUGCUGCACGCCGUCAAGUUUUACUGCCAGAACUUUGCUCCCAACUUCAAGGAGAGCGAGAUGAACGCCAUCGCCGCCGACAUGUGCACCAACGCGCGGCGCGUGGUGCGCAAGAGCUGGAUCCCCAAGCUGAAGCUGCUCAUGGCCGAGGGCGACUCCUACACCUCCUUCAUCAACGACACCGGCAAGCUGGAGCCCGACAUCAUGGGCCCCGAGCCCCCUUUAGGCGGGGGCCCCGAGCCCGAGGGGGGACCUGCGGGGGAGGGGCUGCAGUGA